AUGCCUGACUAGCAUAUGUUCCCGAGCGUUCCAUUAGAAGAUGGAGCUUAGCUGAUAAUGUUCCUUUUUGGAUUCUGUUUUAUGUUUCCUUUCCUCCACUCUUGCCCUUGCAUCCUCAUCGAUUGAUUGCCGUUGCGACCGCGGAUCCGCUUCCGAAGUAUCCUACAAUCGUAAUUUUGAGAUAUACAGGAUUCAAAGACAUCAUGACGGCGUCACAAUGGCUGAGCGAGCACAUUCCGACGCUUCUUCGCCCGUCCAUUUUGCUUUUCAUUGCAGCAUAUCACUUCGUAAUGACCAUGUUUGAAGUCGUGUUCUAUGACUGGCGCCCAUUCUCACUUUUCAACGUCACCAAACUCCGAUUCAAGGCCUUCGCCCGCCUCUGGAAGAACAACGGCGAAGCAAUGUCUGCUGAAAUGCCAGGCCCGACAUUCUCGCUUUUGGCCCAGUGCAAAGGCGUUAUUCUUGACAUCGGCCCUGGAUCCGGAGAGAUGCUUUCACGUUUUAACCCGGAUAUCAUUACUGCUGUGUAUGGGGCUGAGCCUGCCGAAGACUUGCAUCCAGGGUUAUUGAAGAACGCGGAGAAGAGAGGGUUUGGUAGCAAGUUCCAUGCCAUGGUCUGUGGCGCUGAGCCAGAGAGUCUAAUUCCAGCAUUGCACAAGAGCGGGAUCCUGGAUGUUAGUGGAAAAGGCGGGCUGGCGUCCGAUGGUGUGUUCGAUGAGAUCUGCUGCACUCGCGUGCUUUGUGGCGUUCCCCAUCCAGAGCAAACUAUCAAGGGACUCUACAACCUUCUCAAGCCUGGCGGUCGCAUGGUGAUCUGCGAACACGUAGCGAACCCCUGGAGGACCGAAGGUAGAGUCUCUGCACGCUUUAUGCAACUGGUGUAUACGAUUCUUGGGUGGCCAUUCUUCAUGGGUGGGUGUGAGCUUCAGAGGCAUACGCCGGACUUCUUGAGGGACGCAGGUGAAUGGGAUAAAUUUGAUCUGAAGUACUACGGUCCGCAAGACUGUAUACCGUUCAUCGUUGGAGAGCUGAUCAAGAAGAAUGGUUCGUUAGACAAGAGUUACGCUGAGGCUGUCAAAGAGUGAAUGGAGGAUCAAGAUGUGGUGAAGUGGUUGUAAAAUUACUGUAGAUGUAAGGCCGCCAGAUCUAGUACAUAAAAGUGCUGCGUAGAUAUCGCAGGUAUGGCUUUGCUUGAA